AAAUACCAAUCACUCUACACAAAAAAAUUAGAGGAGCACUUUAAAACUGACGAAUUUUGUCGAUUUUAAGAAACUAAUAUCUCGGCUUGCAGGAAUCGCAAGAUAUUUUUUUCUUGACGCAUUUUAGAAUAAAGCCUCUACUUUGAAAUAGCUUAAGUAAAAUUUUUCGUCCCAUUAAACUGUUUUUUUUUUUCGUAAAAUUAGAGUUUUGAAAAUGACAUUGCAGCCUUCCACGAGCAAAUCAACAAGGUCACCAAAUCAGUUUUGAAGCUGAGAAUUUUCUUUUUAAAAUAAAAAAAAGAAAAUUAUUCUAGCUUUUCUAUAGGAGCUGAUCGAGUUAUAUAUAGGUUCCAAAGUAGAUCCUAUAUUUUCUAAGAUUUUGGUUAAGUUCCGCUGGCAUUUGCGUUAUCCGAUAUGCAUCACGAAGAAGUUCCUCUCGGUCGAAGUUCGCACCAUGCACGCAUAGCAGAGAAGAUUUGGAAUCAUUAAAUACUACGGGAGCAACAAAUCAUACGGUGCUUUGUAGAAAAAUUAUAUUCGAGCGUUAAUGCUACAGUUUCACGUGCUACUGUUAGAUGGUUGAUGACGUCAGGAUCUGUUACAGUAUCUAAAGACAUUAAAGAAACAUCCAGUGCUCAAAUAAAUAUGGAUGAGGUCAUUACAAAAGAAGUUGGAGAUAAUGGCAUAAUAGUUUUAAACCGACCUAAAGCAUUGAAUUCUAUAAAUUUGUCCAUGGUUCAAAAAAUAUAUUCUGUCCUCAAACAAUGGGAAUCUUUAAAGAAGCUGAUAAUAAUAGAAGGUAUAGGUGAGAAAGCAUUUUGUGCGGGUGGUGACGUCAAAGCACUUGUCUUGUCAUUGAAUGAAUCGGCAGGAAAUCUACAGGGUGAAGAAUUUUUCAGGACAGAAUAUACUUUAAAUCAUUUGAUCGGCACAUAUAAGAAGCCUUAUAUUGCUAUUAUCAAUGGGAUAACAAUGGGAGGUGGUGUUGGAUUAUCUAUACAUGGCAAAUAUAGAAUUGCUACGGAAAAAACUCUUUUUGCUAUGCCAGAAACGGCAAUAGGAUUGUUUCCUGAUGUUGGUGCGACUUACUUUUUAUCCAGAUUGAAAGGCAGACUAGGUUUAUAUUUAGGUCUAACAGGGCAAAGAUUGAAAGGUUUCGAUGUUUUUCUUGCUGGCAUUGCGACGCAUUUUAUACCAUCGGAGAAACUCGCAGAUUUAAAACGCGAUUUAUUUGCGUUGCGUGAAGUCAACAUUGAGCCUAUUUUGAAUAAAUAUCAACAAAAAUUAAAUCAUGAAUUCAGCUUGGCACCUUAUAUGUCACAGAUAGAAAAUUGUUUUUCUGCUCCAACCAUUGAAGAGAUAAUUGAAAGACUAAAGAAAGAUAAUUCGGACUGGGCACAAAAGAAUAUAGAUAUAUUGCUUAAAAUGUCUCCAUCUUCUCUCAAAAUCACCAAAAAAGCGAUUGAUGAAGAAAAAGAAAAAUCUUUAGCAGAUUGUUUAAAGAUCGAAUAUAGAUUGGCCUGUACCGCUUUAACCAGAGAUGGUGAUUUUUAUGAAGGUGUCAGAGCUCUUCUAGUCGACAAAGAUCAGAAACCAAUAUGGAAGCCAUCAUCUUUGGCCAAUGUAACGGAUGAAUAUGUAAAUAAACGAUUCGCAGCAUUUCCUACAGAGAAGGAAUUGCAGUUGUAUACCAGCAAAUUAUAAAAAUUAGGGAAGAUAUCUUUUUAUAUGUAUUAUUGUAUUAUUGUAGAUAUAUUAUAUAGCAGUGUCUUACGCUUCGCUUGUCGUAGCGCCGAAAUACUAUGGUGUCUCCAGAUAUACAUAUUGUUAUGGAAAUAAGUUUCUAAUUACUUUGUUUUUAUAUUCUAAUUUUGUAUAAAUUGAGAUCUGUUGA